CUCAUACGCGUCCUUUCCGCUACGCCAUUCUCUUCGGAGAGACGUGAUGGCGCGUUCGAUGUUAAUAUGCUGGCGUUAUCGGUUGACCAUUGUUUGCGGAUUAUUGCUGUUCCGGUGCGAGCCACUGGAGGCUUAUGCUAAUCAACAUCCACCACUAUCAUCACCGGCGGCACAUUCUCAGCAUACUGGGGAGGAUGGUGCCGGUCCGUUCAUCACCACCGGAAACGGUGCCGAAACGACUGUCUUCGAAGCGAGUGAUGUCUUCCGAUGUUGCUCCGAGGUUCAGGGAUCGUGCAAGGCGGCCUGUGAAAAUCUGUCACUGGCACGCAUCGCUUCCGAACCAGGCUCGCGGGAGGCCAAACUGGUGGACGUGCGCAAAUACUGUCCCCGGCAGCAGGUCCCCUUCUGGCAGUGCAUGAACGAGACGAUGGUGGCGAUCCAGCGCGGGGCAAGCUGGCCGGGACGUAUCUGCUGUCCGCUGGCGAUGUCCGUCAGGUGUCAGCACGUGUGUGCCACGGGGUCAUCGCGGGAAGAUCUCCGCACGGGCUGUCGGGCGAGCGAUGAGCAGCAGCUUUACGGAUGCUUGAAACGGCAGGAGGACGGUCAUCGGUGUUGCAGCAGUGCCCGUACUGCCGAGUGUCUUGAGGCGUGUGGGCAGGUCUUCCAGCGCUAUCAGACACCAUCGAAAGCCAUGCGCGAACAGGUGCUGACGGCGUGCCGUACCAACAACAGUAACGUGAUGCAGUGCAUUAAAGGAUUUAUCGAUGUGACCUUCAACCGGAACUUGAAGCGAUAUGUCCCCUGUUGUGAUGCUUCACCGGAACCCAAGUGUCGUCGUGUCUGUCACGAAACGCUUACCGCCGGCGGUUCCGAUACGGACCCGUACACGGUGGAGGAAAUGAUUGAUCUACUGCAGCACCGUGGCGGAUGUGGCGCACUGAUGCCGACCCAACCGCUGUGGAAAUGUUUCCUGGAGGCCGACAAGCAGCGGACCGCCGGUCAGCAGGCCAACUCGAACGAGGUGUCACGUAUCAACCAGAUCGGUAUGGACUCGGCCAAACAGCACUGCUGUCUGAAGGCCGAAUCGGUACGGUGCCGGCGCCUCUGCUCCACAACCUACGCGAACGAGUGGACGACGAAUUUGGUCGACUUUGAGCAGGAAUGCUUGGCGGCACCGGACGAACAGGCCCUGCGGCAGUGCAUCGACGAAGUCGACGAACCGUGCGAGCUUGGCUGCGACGGGCUGUCGUUCUGCAGCAACUUCAACAACCGGCCGACGGAACUGUUCCGCAGCUGCCGGCACCAAUCGGACAUGGCCGCACGGGGUGAUGUGCAGCAGUGGCGCCAGCAAGGCUUCAUCCCGUUCCCCGGCAACGUACAUCUGCCCAUCCACAACGAGACGCAAUGUUCGUUCGAGAUCUGGAAGUCGAUCGCUUGUACGCUGCAGAUCAAACCAUGCACCAAGGGUUAUCACACGAAUCACAUCUGCCGGCAGGACUGUCACGAGGUGCUGAAGAACUGCGUCGACUGGGAUCGUAUGUCGGACGAGUACUCGGUGUCCUCGCUGUGUCGGCAGCUCGCACCACAAAACAACUCCCUGCCCUGUAUCUCGAUGGGUCGCUUUCAGCCGCAUGGGAUAGGGCCGGGUGGCAUGCUGGAGGGGGAUCAACGGAUCAUAGCGGAUGUGGCACUGGUGUCACCGUGCAAGGGCAAUCCGUGCAAUGCAACGCAGCUAUGUGUCGCCAAUCGUGACGGAACGUUUGGCUAUCGGUGUGUGAACGGAUGUCCGUUGGGUGAAGCGUCCUCGUAUCUGGUACCUGUCGGGGCGUUCGUUCGCAUCCCGGUGUCCGUGACGCAGAAGGGAUGCUUGAAGGUGUGCCGAUGCGGUGAGUCAGGAAGGAUCGAAAAGUGUCAACCGCUGCCGUGCAUCAGUUACGAUUCGUGUACGUUGGCCGGAAAGCGGUUCGCUCAUCUGACACACUUCUACGUCGAGUGUAACGUGUGUAGCUGUUUCGCGGAAGAGAUCACCUGCACCAAGCGACAGUGCCAUGUGCCGGGACUUACGGUGGAUCGGUCCUUUACGAGUCUGCCCUGUAACUGUCCGGCACACUAUGUGCCGGUGUGUGGACGCAAUGGGAACACCUAUCCAUCGGCCUGUGUAGCAAAGUGUGCCGGUAUUCAGGAGGGAGACAUCGAGUUCGGGCCAUGUCGAGCGAGGAAUCCUUGCGAACGGAUCGAUUGUGGCCCUUUGUCGGUUUGUCUACCGGAGUGGAACGUUUGCUUGUCCGGAAUGCAUAAACCCUGUCCACAGUAUCGAUGCGUAAACCUCACCCAAUCUAACUGCUCGACAAUUACGGACAUUCGUGAUACGAAUCUCGGCUACCAUGCGAACCUCUGCAGCAUGGCAUUCGAACGUGCCACUUUUGCGUACCGGGAAAAGUAUCGCAAGAUCUGUGAAACAUCUCGCCGUCGCAAUCAGGUCUGCGGAGUCAACGGUGUCACGUAUCGGAGCGAAUGUGAGGCGUGGAGUGAUUAUUCCACCGUCGACUACAAUGGGCCCUGUCAGGAGGUGGGUCUCAUAAGUCCUUCGCUCGAUUCACGCUGUUCCUCGAUCAAGUGUCCGCGGAGAAAGAUGCCCAACUGUAAUCCCGUGCUACCGCCCGGUGCCUGCUGUCCGGUGUGUGGAACCGCCCUCCGCAUUGUGUACUCCCGCAAACAGAUCGACCGUGGUCUGUACGCGCUCAAGGGUCAAUCGACGGAGUACCUAACGCUCAAGUCGAUCCUCCAUUCGCUGGAAACACUUCUCCAGACGGUCGAAUGUCGGCUAAGCGGUCAACUUACGUUCGAGAACGAUCUGUACGUGGUGCUGGAAACGUUGAGCCGCAAUCCGUCGCGCCUUCAGACGCAAAUCUGUGCCCGGGAAGCGGAACGGCUCGUUACGCUCGUCCGGACGCAAAGCCAUCGGAUCACGAGUGAGCUAAAUCUGAGCGCACUGACGGUGGCGACUCUGGUGACCACCUCGAGCGGUGUGUCGCUCGUGUACAGUAGUGUAAUAGUAGUGGUAGGAGUAGCGGUAGUAAACUGGCUGGUCGGUGCCGGACGGCAUAUACGACCGGGAAGGUGAAUUCGCACGUGCCAAACUAGUGUGUAGGGGAGUGGGAACGAUGCACAAUUACGUGUGCUUCCUCCAAAACGGCGCAAACGGC